ACACUGUUCACUUUUUUCCAGGGCAACUGAAUUGUGCUCCGGUUUUUGCCAUAUUUUGCGUGCGCCAUUCAAAGUUGCACGGGAGGAUGGUGAAAAAGGAAUCGUUUAUGUGUGGAUCGGUUCACAGAGCGAUCCACAUGAACACGAGUACGCCCGACGAGUAGCUGAAGAGAUGAUCAAUCGUCACGAUGAGAGUCUCCCUGUGCAAGUUAUCAAAGAGGGCGAAGAACCUGAUGAUUUUUGGGAGUAUAUGGGAGGAAAGAAAAAUUAUGAAAAAGACGCAACAUUCUUCCGCUACACACGUUUGUUCCGCUGCACUAACGAGAAAGGUUACUUUGCAGUGUCAGAAAAGACCGUCGACUUCUGUCAGGAUGAUUUGGACGAUGACGAUAUCAUGAUCCUCGAUAAUGGUGAACUCGUAUUCCUGUGGUUAGGUGCUCGCGCCAGUGAGGUGGAAGUGAAACUCGCAUAUAAGGCCGCCACGGUGUACGUAGCUCAUCUGAGAAUGCGCCAGACAGAUCGACCAAGGACAUUAAAACUGGCAAUAAAGGGAAAGGAAUCGAAGCGUUUCAAGAAGUGCUUCCACGCCUGGGGACGGCAUAAGGAAGAUAACGAGAAAUUUUGA